GUUGAGAAUUGAAGAAUUCAAUCAUUGUACGAUUCUUGCGACGGACGACAACUUUGGAUCAUCGCUCCGGGCCUACCAAAGUAAAGAAGAACAAUAAUGACAGCGCCAAUGGAUGUCGAUAACUUGAUGAGCCGUUUGCUCAAUGUCGGCAUGUCCGGUGGAAGACUGACAACUUCUGUCAACGAGCAGGAACUCCAGACUUGCUGUGCUGUGGCCAAAUCGGUAUUCGCCUCCCAAGCAUCACUCCUGGAGGUUGAGCCGCCGAUCAUCGUGUGCGGAGAUAUCCACGGACAGUACUCGGAUCUCUUGCGCAUCUUUGACAAGAACGGAUUCCCGCCUGAUGUCAAUUUCCUGUUCCUUGGAGACUAUGUGGAUCGUGGAAGACAGAAUAUCGAGACGAUCUGUUUGAUGUUAUGUUUCAAGAUCAAGUAUCCAGAGAACUUCUUCAUGCUUCGUGGAAACCACGAGUGCCCAGCCAUCAACCGUGUUUAUGGGUUCUACGAGGAGUGCAACCGUCGUUACAAGUCGACUCGUCUCUGGUCAAUCUUCCAGGACACUUUCAACUGGAUGCCUCUCUGUGGACUCAUUGGUUCCCGCAUCCUUUGCAUGCAUGGUGGUCUGUCCCCACAUCUUCAAACUCUUGAUCAACUUCGCCAACUGCCACGCCCCCAGGAUCCACCAAAUCCAUCGAUCGGAAUCGACUUGUUGUGGGCUGACCCUGAUCAAUGGGUGAAGGGAUGGCAGGCAAAUACUCGUGGAGUCUCUUAUGUCUUUGGACAGGAUGUUGUUGCUGACGUUUGCUCGAGACUUGACAUCGACUUGGUUGCUCGUGCACAUCAAGUCGUUCAAGACGGCUACGAGUUCUUUGCCUCCAAGAAGAUGGUCACCAUUUUCUCGGCACCUCACUACUGCGGACAGUUUGACAAUUCGGCUGCAACAAUGAAGGUCGAUGAGAACAUGGUCUGCACUUUCGUCAUGUACAAGCCAACUCCGAAGUCCAUGCGUCGAGGAUAAGCUCUGCAAACUGUCACCACCAUCCAACCAACCAACCAAAUGAGAUAAAUCAGUUGAAGUCUGUGUGUUUAAAUGAAUGAAUGAUUGAGGAAAAUUC